AUGCGGUCGCUGCUAUAUCUCUUGCUUCUCGCCCUUAGCACGGCCGUGAUGGCCGAUACCUACAACGAAUGGGUGAAAAGCCUUUCGUCAUGCAUGCAGCCCUGCUUCAACGACUUCUUCGAUGAUAUCGCGAAGAGCAAGUGCGGCGGGGAUGCCGCGAAGAGCAGCAAGCCCUCCGACAUCAACUGCAUCUGCCAGUCCGGCACUUUUCAAUCCAGCAAGCAAGGGAAGGCAUCAAUCACCGAUUGUGUCGCGGCGAAAUGCCAGAAUCCUGCAGAUCAACUAGAGGUGGCUCUGGGUUCGUAUACCCAGAUGUGCCUGAAUCAGGUCAAUUCAGACGGAACGGUGCCGAAUAGUCAGGGGAGUGUUCUGUCUUUGCGGACAUCGGAUAUGAUCCUUCUGUCUGGAGGGGCCAUGAUUCUCCAGGCUGUACUUUGA